GAACAGAGCUACAGAACCAAACCGACAUCAGGAGACACCUUGGUGAAAACAAGUGUCUCUGACGCUAGAAUUCAAGUGAAAACCAUCAAACUCUAAAACCCCCAAUACCUGAGGCAGGCCGGCAGCGUCCCUUUCUCCCAACCACUCCAUUAUCCAAACAUGCUUUAUAAAUACCCAUGCAAUUCUAACGAUCUAUUCAGGCAAAUCUUCAAAAACAUCCUCGGUAAUAGUUUGCCUUCUACCUUUUCUCUAACUUGUUCAAUUAUUACCUUUUCUUUUUUGUUUGAAAUCUUUUUUCUUUGCAAUGGCUAAAAAUGUUGCUCAAUCUGCUACCCUGGCUUCACUUGACCAAAAGCUAGCCAUGGCAAAGCGCUGCUCUCAUGAGGGAGUACUUGCUGGAGCAAAGGCAGCCGUUGUUGCUAGCAUUGCCACUGCCAUUCCAACUCUGGCUAGUGUAAGGAUGCUGCCCUGGGCAAGAGCCAAUCUUAAUCACACCGCACAAGCUCUCAUAAUCUCCACAGUGGCUGGAGCUGCCUAUUUUAUAGUUGCAGACAAGACUGUCUUGGCUACAGCUCGGAAGAACUCCUUCAAGCAUGUCCCUAACAUGGAGGCAUGAAUUUGAGUUGAUCUAGAUUUAAACUCUGCUUAUGCUCCACAAUUAUUACUAUUCACUUGACUAGGGAAAGGGAUAGAAAGAAAAUUUUGGGGGUUUGGUAUUGUAAGAAGCCAUUUGUUCCUAGUUGGUAUGUAAUCCUUCGUCUAUAUAUAUAAAUAAAUAAUGGUUUUCAUUUACAAGG